CGCUGAAAGGCCGGGAGCAGAGACCCGGCCGUGGGCGUCUCCUGCCUGCGGGGGAAUCCCUCGGGCGCGCUCCCCUCAGGCCGGCCUCCCCCGGGCCCCGGCCGGCUCAUGCGCAGGUGGCGGCAGGAGGUGGAGCAGCCCGGCGCCGGGCUCGGUUGCGGCGACUCUGCACAGCGGCCGGCGGAGCGGAUCGGCGCGGGGCCAUGGCGCCGCGGCUCUUGCCCCUGCCCAGGCAGCAGUCCCUCUACCCGCCCAGCGUCCGCAACCCCUUCGUGCACGAGGGGCGCCUGAGCGCCCGCGACAAAGCCCGGAUUGUCCUAUUGGGGAUUAUCCUGCUUCCAUUUCGUGCCAUAUGCAUUGCAUUAAUUUUGCUGCUGUCAUGGCCAUUUGCAGCAAUUGCAACUUUCUGCCAUCCUGGAAGAGGGUCCGUGCCGCUCAUGGGAUGGAAGAGGAGAGUGACCCAGUGUGCCCUCCAGUGCUUAGGUCGUGUUAUGUUCUUCUUGAUGGGCUUCCAAGUUGAAGUGAAGGGGAAAGUAGCAGGUCCCUUGGAAGCCCCAAUCCUUGUUGUAGCUCCUCACUCAAGCUUCUUUGAUGGAAUUGUUUGUAUCAUAGCUGGAUUGCCGUCGAUCGUAUCCAGGUUAGAGAACCUGUCGGCCCCCGUAUUUGGCACAAUUCUCAGAUCCCUCCAGCCUGUACUGGUAUCACGUCUAGACCCAGAUUCUCGAAGGAAUACAAUCAAUGAGAUAACUAAACGAGCAACAUCAGGAGGCCAGUGGCCACAGGUACUGAUUUUCCCAGAAGGCACCUGUACAAAUCGAUCCUGUCUGAUCACCUUUAAACAAGGAGCCUUUAUUCCAGGAGUUCCCGUGCAACCGGUGCUGCUCCGAUAUCCAAACAAACUGGAUACUGUGACCUGGACAUGGCAAGGCUAUUCAUUCAAAGAACUUUGUGUGAUGACUUUUUGCCAGCCGUUAACGAGGGUAGAAGUUGAGUUUCUACCUGUCCAUGUUCCUACUGAGGAAGAGAAAAAGGAUCCUACUCUUUUUGCCAACAGAGUCCGUAAUACCAUGGCAACGGCUUUGAAUGUGCCAGUUACAGACCAUACUUUUGAAGACUGCAGACUUAUGAUUUCAGCAGGACAGCUGACCUUGCCCAUGGAAGCAGGGCUGGUGGAGUUUACCAAAAUCAGCAAGAAACUGAAUCUAAAAUGGGAUCCUAUCCGAGAUCAACUGGAUACAUUUGCUGCUAUUGCAAAUGCCUCCAAAGGGGGAAGAAUUGGAAUGGAGGAGUUUGCCGAGCACUUGAAGCUGCCUGUCUCAGAUGUUCUCAAAGAGCUGUUCCUACUCUUCGAUAGGAAUGGAGAUGGCACCAUAGACUUCCGAGAAUACGUGAUUGGUUUGUCUGUUCUUUGUAAUCCUGCCAACACAGAAGAGACUAUUCAGAUGGCAUUUAAGCUCUUUGACGUUGAUGAUGACGGCAGCAUAACAGAAGACGAGUUUGCUUGUAUUCUCCGGUCAUCUCUCGGAGUCCCUGACCUUGAUGUUUCUCAACUCUUUAAGGAAAUAGACACAGAUAAUUCUGGGAAGAUCGCCUAUAAUGAGUUUAAGGACUUUGCAUUUAAGCAUCCAGAAUAUGCCAAGUUAUUUACUACAUACCUAGAGCUACAGAGGUGCCAUCUACAGACAGACGAAGAAGAUGAUUAUCAGACACCAGAAGACACAUACUCACAGAGUAAGACAUCACUCUCAGAAAAGACCCCAAUCGCAAGAAAUAAAGUUGGUCCUGAAAGCAAUGAAGAAGACCUCUCAAGUACUUCAGACAAAAAGGAUGACUAAGUAUAAACAGGCUGAUAAUUUUGCAUUUACACUGUGCAGAUUUCACUGAGGUUAUUUUAUAUCAAAAUGUACUUGUUGAAUAUUGAUAAAAGUUAAGAUUUUAAGAAUGUUUUUACUUUUUUUGUAUUUCUGUGUGUCAAAAUUGUGGGGGAGGAGGGAUAAAUAAUUUAUUGCAUUCUGCCACUCGGUGUUAUAAGUAAAAAUGUCCCCUCUUAGGUAGAGUGCACAAUACAAUCUGAAUCUAAGUUAAAUGAAUACCAUAGCCUCAAUUUUUUUUUUGGUGUCAGUCUCACAGGACUGUGAAUAUUGUUUACUCUCUUCCAAGCAAGGUGUUUACAAGGUAGCAGACAUUGUUAGGGUAGCCAACUGAAGAAAAGUAAUUUCCCAAUAGGGGCUGAGGAGAAGAUUUGCUGCUCUCCCUCACUAUAGGACAUUUAAAUAUCAGACUUCUUUUUUUUUUAAGUCUACGGGCACCCUUCAACAUUUCUGAAAUUUCAAAAGUAUAGAAAAUUUAGAAUUCAUAGGAGAACAAGUGGUAGGAAGUUGGUAUUUUAGUUAGUGCAUGGCUGUCUUGAGGCUUUCCUUAAUCUGUUGUCAACCACAGUCAAAAUUUCUCAACAAAGCCAUGUUGAUUCACUGAUGUUAAUAGCAACAUCUUUGGACAAAGGCCCACUGAAGAUGGAAUGGGUUGUAUUUGUAACAAUAAAAAUUAAUUGGAGUUCAAAGAUAGCAGAUCAUUAUUUGAAUAGGAAAACUCAGAAAACAGGACCUCAAUUAGAACACUAAUUGGAAAAAAAGGCAUAUAAACAAACACAGUUUUUACUAAUUUAAUGCCAUAUGAAAACUAGAGGAAAAUUUUGAUGUAAUAGUCAUCAAGUGAUCAUGACCUUGUUCUGGAUAAUGUCAAGCCAUAGUUCUAAUAGAAUCUACUGUAAAAUACGCUUUCAGAAACCAUAUCUGCACUUAAUACACCCUGAGAGCAUGAUCCAAAGGCCACUUGAGAUCAGUGGAAAGAUUCCUGUUGACUGCAAUAUUCUUUGCCUCAGUCCCCUACUGUGCAAUUUUGGACCAGAGUUUUGAAAUGUUGGUCCAUCAUCUUUUUCCCCCAUUAACCUGUAAGGGAUUUAUAUUCUUAGCUUUCAACAUUCCUAGGAGUUACUUGCAUAAAAUACCCUAUUCAUCAAAGGGAGAAGUGGCAGGUUAGUUUUAAUUAGAGAAUACCUGCUGAAAGAUGGGUAAGAGGCUCAGGAAUAUUACCUCAAAAGCCUGGAAUGCAUUGUGUAGCAUCAGCAGGAGACCUAUUUCUGCUAUUUGAGGUCCAGUUGCAAUGGUGGCUUCAGACCUUUGAUCAAUGAUUUUACUGUCUCAAGGUAUAUUUACAUGUUUUAGCUUUCAUGUGUGAUCUUCUGUAAUAUUGUGGCUUUCUCAUGUUCCAGAUGCUUUAAAUAAAUAUUUUUUUUUAAA